UCUCAAACAGAACAAACUUCUUCUUCAUCUUCAUUUACAGAAAGAAGCUAAGCAAUUAAUUAACUCAUCAAUCUUAGGAUUUAGGACUAAUGGCCUCUUCCCAGUUCUUCAUAAUCCUUGCCAUUCUAGCAAUUGUUACCCCUUCAAUUCUGGCUACAGAUUUUAUUGUCGGUGAUGACAAAGGUUGGACCAAUACUGUUGACUACCAAGCUUGGGCUCAGGGAAAGCUCUUCUAUGUUGGUGAUAACCUCGUAUUUAACUACCCAGAAGGAGCUCACAAUGUGCUUAAGGUGAAUGGAACUGGGUUCCAAGAAUGUGCAGCUCCUGCAGGCACUGUGGCAUUAACAAGUGGACAGGAUGUGAUAAACCUAGCAACGCCAGGAAGAAAAUGGUACAUUUGUGGUGUUUCUAAGCACUGUGAAGUUGGACCCCAGAAGCUUUUCAUAACUGUUAUGCCAGCUUCCUUUGCUCCUAGUCCAAGCCCCAGUACCUCUGCAGCAACUACAAGUGCUGUUAAUGGAGCAAGAUAUGGGUUGAUCUUAUUUUGGUUUCGUAUACUUGUAAUGGGAUCUUCCCAGCUUUUCAUUAUCCUGGCCACUCUAGCUAUUGCAGCCCCUUUAACCUUGGCAACAGAUUAUGUUGUUGGUGAUGACAAAGGUUGGACUACUAACUUCGAUUACCAAGCUUGGGCUCGGGGAAAGAUGUUCGUCGUUGGCGACAACCUUGUUUUUCACUAUCCAGAAGGAGUGCACAAUGUGCUCAAAGUGAACGGCACCGGGUUUCAACAAUGUGCAGCUCCUGCCAGCACUGCGCCAUUAACAAGUGGUCAUGAUGUAAUAACCCUGGCAACCCCAGGGAGGAAGUGGUACAUUUGUGGAGCUCCUAACCACUGUGCUGUUGGGGGACAGAAGCUUGCCAUCACUGUGAUGCCAUCAUCGUUUGCUCCUAGCCCAAGCCCUCUCUCUGCAAAAUACGUCGCUUCUAGCCCUAGCCCCACCUCUGGAUGUUGA